ACUUCCAAUCAUAAUCCAUCUCAGUCAAGCAGUAAGGGCAUAACAAAGCGCAUCACAUUCGCUUAGAAAACUACCUCCAAAAUGUGGGAUUUAUUCAAACUGGAAGAGCAAUAUUCACGCUAUGCCGAAUUGAAAGAUGAAGAAAUACAAAAAUUGGUGCAAUGGCUGCAUGCCCAACCACAUAUGGCCAAAUUGACGGCGCAGGAAGCCAUGCUGUUCUUUUAUGCCUGCCACUGCAGCAUGGAAUAUACCAAGCAAGUGGUGGACACCUAUCUAACAUGUCGCACCCAUGUCGAGGACUUUUUUGGUAAUUUGGAUAUGGAACGAGCCGAUAUGAAAAGAGCCAUGAGAACAGUUGCCUGUUUUCCUUUGCCCCAGAGGACUCCCGAAGGCUAUGGCGUUAUUAUGGGGAAAUUAAUCGAUACAGAUACUGGAAAUUUUAGUUUUGCUGAUUCCAUGAAAUUAUACUGCUUGAUUCAAGACAUUUGGCUGCAAGAGGUUGGUGUCUUACCUGGCAUUGUGUUUGUAUGCGAUUUCACCGGCUGUACUUUGGGCCACAUAGCACGCAUCGGAAUUUUACAAAUGAAAAAAUUUCUAUUCUAUCUGCAGGAAGCCAUACCAGCUCGCCUCAUUGGUCUUCAUUUCAUCAACAUUGUUCCCUUUAUCGAUAAACUUUUGGCCAUAAUGACGCCCUUUAUGAAAAAAGAACUUAUGGACAUGUUUCAUGUGCACAGUAACAUAGAGAAGUUUCAUAAAUUUGUACCUCAAAAAAUAAUGCCACAGGAAAAUGGUGGCAUGGAAAUGCAUUCCAAGGAUUUAAGAGAGAUUUACUAUCAAAAGCUGCGUGACAAUCGCCUGGAUAUCAUCGAAUAUGAUCGCAAUCGCCGCAUUAAUGAGAAAUUGAGGCCGGGCAAGCCCAAGAAUGCCUCUGAUCUCUUUGGUAUAGAGGGAAAUUUCAAGAAAUUGGAUAUUGAUUGAAGAAGCCAUCAACUAAAAAUAGCUCGAAUUAAGAAGAAAUUAUUAUUUUGCGGAAAAUUAUUACAAAAAAUGUAUUAAGGUGAAAGUAAAUGUUGAUUAAAGUAUAGAAACUUCA